AUGUCGAUCAAUGAAGAAUUCAAUGGUGCCCACUCUCAUGAAGUCAGUUUUAUCGACCAAAAUGGUGAACUUAAAACCACCAAGAUUCCUGUGGUUCAAGAACUUGUACGCCAAGGCCUCAUCAAUCACUUCCCCAAGAGAUUUAUAGCCUUGCCACCAACACCACCGGGCAACCACGCUACUUCCAUCGUUACCCCUCCAGUGAUUGACAUAACCAAACUAAAACGUGAUGUCACCCGAGACAUGGAGCUGCAGAGGCUGGCCGAGGCUGCCAAAGAAUGGGGUGUGUUUCUGAUCCAGAAUCAUGGGGUGGAGGAUGUUGUGUUGGAUGAUGCUAAAAAUGCUGUGAGAGGUUUCUUUGAAUUGAGUUUUGAGGAGAAGAAGGCCAGCGUUGGAUCGUAUAAGAGCGUGGAUAACAUGGGAUAUGGCAAGAAUUUCGUGAACUCUGAAGAUCAACCGUUAGAUUGGAUUGAUCGGCUCGCCAUGAAAGCAGCUCCUGGGGAUCCAGAUGAAGCAACUAAUGGCCUCUUGAUUUGGCCUACAAAACCAGCAAACUUCAGGCAAACUAUAGAAACAUAUGUGGAAAAAUCAAGAGAAGUUCUCGAUGGGUUGCUCCAAGACCUUGCAGCAUCGUUAUCACUAGAUGAAAAUGCUUUCCUACAAUACUUUGAGCCGAAACAAAGUGAGGUCAAGGUUAGGGUGAAUUACUACCCGCCAUGUCCAAGGCCAGACCUGGCCAUAGGAAUAUUGCCGCACUCCGACGCUAGCGCCCUCACGCUCUUGCUCGAGUUUGGAGCCACGAGUGGCCUCCAAGUGCUAAAGGACAAUCUUUGGACGACCCUCCAAUGGCCCGAGGAUAACAGUUUGCUCGUGAAUAUUGGAGAUUUGGUGGAGAUUAUCAGCAACGGAGUGUUCAAAAGCCCGUGGCAUCGAGUGCGUACACAACUCGACGUGGAACGGUUUUCGUUGGCCUAUUUCUAUAACCCUCCGGCCAAGAGUGAAAUUGGACCGGUGGUCCGAGGUGGUUCCACGGAGGAGACAUAUAAGAAGGUGGUGGUGGAGGACUAUGUGUCUAAUCAUUACAGAAUUUCCCCAACACCUACCAAGGAGACAAUAACGUACGCUAAGGAGAAAGACGAGGAGGAGGAGGAAGACAGCGACACUAAGGAAGACGGCGACGAGGAGGAAGACGGCGGUAUUGAGGAAGACAGGGGUUGCAGAAGACGAGCAACACUAAAGAAGACGAGGAGGAAGACAGCCGCACUGAGGAAUAUGCGGACAGGGAGGAAGACGACGACGGGGUUUGAGGAAGACAAGGAGGAAGACAGCGGCACUGAGGAAUAUGGGGACGGGAAGGAAGACGACAACGGGGUUUGA